AAAUGACAUGACAGCUGGUAGACUGACGUGACAUCGGUUCGUGCACUUAAAGUUUUUUUUUAUAAAUAAAUGAUAAAUGCAAUAAUAUUCUCUUGGUAAUUACCAAGUAUAUAUUUUACUGAAAAUGGCCAGCUGUGGUGAAUACAUCAAAAGUCAAUUCCCGUUAAUAGAUGAAGAAUUGAAGAAAUAUGUCGAAGAUAUCCUGGACAACAGUGCUGGAGAGUUUGAAGAUACAGAGGAGGUCUACGAAGCCGUCGGAGAAGUUUUACAAGGGAUUUCCGAAAAAUCUGAAGAUGAUAUUAGAGAAAUAUGUGAAAAACUCCUUCACAUGAUGCAACCAGACAAGACAAACACAAGCAAUGGACCACGGAAAGUGUUGGACGCGCCCAUACACCUUGCUUCCAUGACGUCACAACAAGAGCCCACUGAGGACCUCAAGAGUAUAUGGCUUCAAACUAGGGAUGAUAAUUUGAAAGUAGAUGCUAAAAAGUUAGAAAAAGCCGAGGCCAAGUUACAGCAAAAAAAGGAAAAGCAGAAAGAGGGUAAAGCGCCGGUGGCCGCCCCUGUGCUGCAGACUGCCACCGCCUCGCAGGUCACAUCCAAGAAGGACAGCAAACUUGAAGCCAAGGGCAAUAACCGGACGCAGGAUAUUAGGAUAGAGAACUUUGAUAUUGCUUAUGGUGACAGAGUUUUAUUACAAGGCGCAGAUCUCAUACUAGCAUUCGGCCGGCGCUACGGCCUGGUGGGGCGCAACGGUCUCGGCAAGACCACAGUGCUCCGAAUGAUCUCAUCCAAGCAGCUAAAGAUACCGUCCCACAUCUCCAUACUGCAUGUGGAGCAGGAGGUGGUCGGGGAUGAUACCGUGGCGCUACAGAGCGUGCUGGAGUGUGACACUGUGAGGGACAGGCUGCUGUGGAGAGAAAGGGAGAUCACAGCGGCGAUUAAUAACGGAUCAACAGAUCCAGCACUAUCAGCAGAGUUGACAGAAAUCUACGCACAACUAGAAGCGAUAGAGGCAGACAAGGCGCCCGCUCGGGCGUCCAUCAUCCUGAGCGGUCUGGGCUUCACGCCGGAGAUGCAAGCUCGUGCUACGAAAACAUUCUCUGGAGGAUGGAGAAUGAGGCUCGCCUUGGCCCGAGCGCUAUUCUCAAAACCCGACCUACUCUUGCUUGACGAGCCCACCAACAUGUUGGACAUUAAAGCCAUCAUCUGGCUCGAGAACUACCUUCAAAACUGGCCCACGACGCUCCUAGUGGUCUCCCACGACAGAAACUUCCUCGACACGGUGCCCACAGACAUCUUACACUUGCACACACAGAGGAUAGACUCUUACAGAGGAAACUACGAGCAGUUCCACAAAACGAAGACAGAGAAGCACAAGAACCAGCAACGCGAGUAUGAAGCCCAGCAGCAGCACCGCGCGCACACGCAGGAGUUCAUCGACCGCUUCCGCUACAACGCCAACCGCGCCUCCUCCGUGCAGAGCAAGAUCAAGAUGUUAGACAAACUACCAGAGCUAAAGCCAGUAGAAAAGGAGAUCGAUGUAGUGCUCCGGUUUCCAGAGACAGAGCCUCUCUCUCCGCCCAUCCUGCAGCUCAACGAAGUCGGCUUCUACUACUCGAAGGACAAGGUCAUCUUCACCAACGUCAACCUUGGCGCUACGCUGGAGUCUAGGAUAUGUAUUGUGGGAGACAACGGCGCCGGCAAGACGACGUUACUAAAAAUAAUAAUGGGCAUCCUGUCCCCCACGAGCGGCGCCCGCAGCGUGCACCGCGGCCUGAAGUUCGGCUACUUCUCGCAGCACCACGUCGACCAGCUCGACAUGAACGUCAACUCCGUCGAGCUGCUGCAGAAGAGCUACCCAGGCAAAACGAUAGAAGAAUACAGACGGCAACUAGGCAGUUUCGGCGUGAGCGGCGACCUGGCGCUACAGACCAUCGGCAGUCUCUCCGGGGGACAGAAGUCCCGAGUGGCCUUCGCCAUCAUGUGCAUGGGCAACCCCAACUUCCUCGUGCUCGACGAGCCCACCAACCACUUGGAUAUCGAGACUAUCGAGGCGCUCGGCAAGGGUAUUAACAAGUAUACGGGCGGCGUGAUCCUAGUAUCCCACGACGAGCGGCUAAUACGCGUUGUGUGCAAGGAGCUGUGGAUCUGCGGCAACGGCUCCGUCACCAGCAUAGAGGGCGGCUUCGACGAGUACCGCAGGAUCGUCGAGAGGGAGCUCGCCGACCAGAACAAAUAGCAGAAUGACCCGGCCGAUGCAGGACUCUUCAGCAGUUGACAGCCAUCACAGUUCGCACUCCUGGACCCUAUUUCACCACACUGACAAUUGACACCUGACACUUGACAUUUUAAUGUCCAUUUCCAGGUCAGCGUCAGAGCAGCGUCGGGGAAUUGUCAUUAUUUUUUUGGUGCAUUUACGGCGAAUUGUUGGUCCGACAAAUAAAUACUGUUCUAACUUUUCGACCCAGAAACGUACAUUUCUCAGACACUGAUGUCAGGUGUCAAUUGUUUUUUUUAUACUACAUCUGUGGCAAACAAGCAUACGGCCCGCCUGAUGGUAAGCAGUAUCCGUAGCCUAUGUACGCCUGCAACUCCAAAAUGAUGAUGAAUGAAAUGAUGAAUGAUGAUGGUGUUGAUUGAGGAAUUAGGAAGCUGCGUUUCGUACUGGCGUGGGUUUACGUUACAUACAUGUGUGCAAUAGGGGAUAUUACGGAAACUGCGUAGGGGGCGCCACUACCACAAUCCAUCACAAUCUGAGGGUCUACCGUGAAAAAAGAAAAUCGAAAUUUCGUUAUCUAAUCUCUCUAUCACUUACAUAUUCGAGCGAUGAAGAGGCAGAUAACUAAAUUUCGAUUUUUGCGUUUCCCGGUAGGCCCUUUGUAAACAAACCGCUUUGAUGCAUCAAUGUUAUUAUGGUUUUGUGAAGGUAGAGGCAAGGAAUAGAAUCUCCAUAGGCAGAACUGUUGCAAAAGUGUCCAGCUGUCAGCUAUAAAUAAUACUUCCAAAUCUCUCCAGAGUAGCGCUAGAGUAGCUAAGAACCUAGGCGUUAUUGAGGGAGUGAAGAAUGCUGUCUAUGGUUUGAGGUACAUGUAUAAGUUACUCUAUGGUUUAUGAAAGUUGAUAGUGCUGCGCUCUGGCGGCAGAACAUUGCAGUAAUAUUCCCUAUUGUGAAUGUUCCGGAAAGUUCCUAAAAAGUUAUUUUCUCACAUAUCUGAGAAAACUUACUUUUUAUUAUGAAAUUUCUUAUAUUUGUGUGAACUUUCUGGAAACUUUCCGGAACUUGCACAUCUGUAGGUGACGUGGAGCGAGCCUACGAUUCGACAGACUGCGCGAACUGUACACGUCAGCUCCCAUUGGGUGCGGUAUGUUUGGUAUAACUUUUAUUUACCUAAGUCUAAAUGAAAAGGUGUCUUCUUCGAGACUCCAAUAUUACUACGACAAUUGCCACCCGACCUUCACUUUUUGACGCAUCUUUAUAAAGCUUACGAACAGAGUGCGUAGAUAAGAGGACAAUCUUUCACGCUCCGUAGCGUAGCGUAGUUAUCUCUCUCUAUCACUCUUCCAUAUUAGUGCGACAGAGACAGAUGCGUUUCGUUCGCUACGGAGCGUUGACGAUUGGCAUCUUGUCUACGCACGCUGGGAGGACAACAAUGUCUUCAUUAUUAUUUACCAUGACUAAUAGUUAAGUCUACAGUGACUAGUGCUUCGAAAGAUUGGUUGCUAACCAAUUACUUGAUGACAACGCAUGAGAAAAUCAGGUGGCUAUUGUUGUUUAAGUAGCAUUUUACUUACACCGUAUCACCAGUUCGUGACAUAAAGCAAUACGUUACAGUAGGAUAAAUAGUUUUAUAUCAAACAUCGUUCAUUGCUGCCAAUGUGGCAUUCGAAGCAAGAUGCUUGACGUUUGUGGCGUUCACACGAAUGUUACUAGUGAAUGUAUAAAAAUGCAUAAAUUAUAUUAUUGUAAUAUACUCGUAGCGUUUUAUUAUUUAUUACGCUUUUAUGUUACAUAUAUUUAUAUUGCAGUAAGGACCGAAAUGAAAUGCUGAUUAUAUUAUUAA